AUGUCUGUGAUCUCACACUGGACCUAAACACAGUAAACAGACUCCUCUCUCUGUCUGAGGAGAACAUAAAGGUGACACGGAGGAGACAGGAGCAGCCGUAUCCUGAUCACCCAGAGAGAUUUGAGGACUGGGGACAGGUGCUGUGUAGAGAGGGUCUGACUGGGCGCUGUUACUGGGAGGUAGAGUGGAGUGGGAGAAGGGCUGAUAUAGGAGUGACAUAUAAAGGAAUCAACAGGAGAGGAGGUGGUGAGGACUGUUAUCUUGGAUGUAAUGACAAGUCCUGGAGUCUGUUCUGCUCUGACCACAGUUACAUUGCCUGGCACAAUAAUAAUCUCACUACCAUAGACGUCCCCCCCUCCAGCUCCCACAGAGUAGGAGUGUAUCUGGACUGGCCAGCCGGCACUCUGUCCUUCUAUAGAGCCUCCUCUGACACACUGACCCACCUGAUCACAUUCACCUCCACAUUCACUGAGCCUCUCUAUCCAGGGUUUGGGUUUGAUUAUGACUCCUCAGUGUCCCUGUAAAUAAUAACAUGACACAAACACACACACACAUACUGACACACACACAGGAAACACACACACACACACACACACACACACUGGACACACAAACACACACACACACUGGACACACGCCCACACACUGGACACACACACACACACACACACACACACACACACACACACACACACACACACACACACACACACACACACACACACACACACACACACACACUGGACACGCACACACACACACACACUGGACUCAUACACACACAC